AUGGAGACUAUCGUAGAAGAAGUUACGGAUGUCGAAAAACCAAAAUCAAUUAUGGGUAUACGACAUUUACAAGUGCUGAUGCUGUUCUUGGCAAUGAUGGUGGCGCUAGGAAUGAGAGCCAACAUGAGUAUAGCCCUCGUAGCUAUGACGGAUCCAGACAAUGAUAAUUCCUUCGAUUGGAGUGCGUCCAUUCAAAAUGUGAUCAUCUCGUCAUUCUUCUGGGGCUACGGGUUCCUACAAAUACCUGCCGGCGAAGUGUCUGCCAGAUUUGGCGGGAAAGUGGUCAUCAUAUUAUGUAUUAUCAUCAACUCAAUAAUCACUCUGUUGCUUCCAACAAGCGCGUACAACGGUGAUUGGAAAUCGCUUCGCACUUGUCGCAUACUUCUAGGUUUGUCUCAAGGAUUUCUCUAUCCCUCUGUGAAUAACCUUAUCAGUAAAUGGGUUCCUUUGGAUGAAAGGAAUCGUCUUGGGACCUUAAUAUACUCAGGAGCCCAUUUAGGUACAGCAGUACAACUAAUGGCAUCGGGCUUCGUAGCAGAUAAUUGGGGUUGGCCUGCUAUAUUCUACGUAAACGGCACGUUAGGUUUAAUCUGGACUGCCAUCUAUUUAUUCUUAGGCUCAUCAUCUCCGAAGACUUCGACAAUUAUAAGUGAUAAAGAGAGAAUCUAUAUACAAACCUCACUGGGACAUACUGGUGAAGAAAAGAUAUUGCCGACUCCGUGGAAAGCUUCAAUAUUCUCAUUGCCAUUUAACGCAUUGAUCCUCGUUCACAGCGGUCAUGAAUUUGGUUUCUGGACUCUGAUGACACAAAUACCGAUUUAUAUGACCCAAGUUUUAGGAGUCGAUAUUACAGCGAAUGGUUUAAUGUCAGCGUUGCCAUACAUGGUUAUAUUCAUAAUGAGCUUCCCGUUUGGAUUUUUGUCUGAUUUUGCGCUCAAAAAGAAGUGGUUUAGUAUCACAGUAAUAAGGAAACUAUCUAGUUCUAUAGGCAUGUAUGGUCCUGCUAUAAUUUUAAUUGGACUAGCUUAUGCUCCGGCUGACGUCAAAAUAGUGCUGUUACUACUCGCAUUAGCAGCGGGUCUCAACGCAGGCCAUUACACUGGAAUUUUGUUGGCGCAUUUGGACAUUGCUCCAAACUUCGCAGGAACACUGAUGGGCGUCACGGACUAUAUCUCCAGCAACAUGGGUACAAUGGCACCGAAAGUUGCUGGUUCAUUACUUAAAGAUGAGACCGAGCCAAGGGAAUGGCGUAAAGUAUUUUUUAUGGCGUCAGCCAUUUAUGUCGCUACCAAUACAUUCUACGUCGCAUUUGGUAGCUGCGAGACACAGAAGUGGAAUGAGCCUAAACCAAAACCUGACGACAAUGAUACGAUUUCAUACGUAAGUGCAGGAGUAAGGGUGGAGAAAUGGGGGGUAGCGGGUAAGGAUGAAACUUUAGAUGCAAGAUCACAAAGCGGUGAGACUACAGUAUUGGAAGCAGCUGUAACGAACGUCUUAGUAUUAUAUUCAGGUACAUCAUCCCAACCGACUUUCUGCAGCCAAAGAUCUUUAAUAAGUAGUUUACCGUUACGAACAAUAACAGACGCUGUAGACAGAAGUACCUCUGUACGCACUUUACCCGUUGGACAUACAACACCAGGCAUGGCUGCUGUAGUGGUAGGUACUCGAGUGCACAAUGACAAAGGUGCGGGCACCGCGAAAAUGGGCGCGUUUGAGUCCCCGUCAGGAGUCAAAUUACAUUGUGUCGCAUUACGACAGGGGACUGGCGGGAGUGCGGGAGCGGCGAUCGUAGAUCGAUCACUCAUCACAUUAGAUCGAUGA